UGUUUUAGUCACACCGCCUGCAGCGGAGAGCUGGAAAAUGGCGGCUCCUCGUUUGUCAAUGGUUGUUAGGCGAGGACUUUUCCAAUGUCUACCGUCUUCAAGAAUUAGUCAAGUGCCAACAAGACAUCAGAUCCCAGCCCUACUAUGUCCAUGUAGUUUCCAUAGCUCAUCUGUGUUACUGUCUGGAGGCGAAGCGAAUGUGAUAUACCGUGAUGGAUUACCUGUAUUUACUGUGCCUUUACCGUCUCGAAAAGAGACCUGUGAAUUUACGCUCAAGCCGGUCUCCCAUACAGUUGGAGAUUUCCUCCAGUACAUCAAAGCAGAGGAUGGAGGAGUUGACCGAGCCGUCAUCUUAACAGAAGAGGGUAAAAGGAUCUCCCAAUCCACAACCAUUGAUGUUUUAAUGAGACAGAAUUUUCAAAUCUCAAUCAACGAUGAAGUCCAUGAGUUUUCCCCACCAGAUUACAAAGCGCUACCAAGUGAACAUGUAGCAGAAUUGUCGGACAUGAAGUCUUUGAUCUCCGACUUGUACUGUAGACUGCACAUAGACCAGUACCAGGUAGAGAAAGAGAAACUAUUACUACAACAACUGGAGGGCCUCAAAGUGGAGUUAGCUCCCCUGGAACAGGUUCGAAAAGAGCUAGAGGUGAAGGCCAGCAAACGUACUGUGAACCUGGCAUGGGUAGGGCUCGGUCUGAUGGGCGUCCAGUUUGGAGUACUGGCACGACUAACAUGGUGGGACUAUUCCUGGGAUAUCAUGGAGCCUGUUACCUACUUCAUCACAUACGGCACCACCAUCGCCAUGUACGCCUACUUCGUCAUCACUAAAGAGGAUUACAACUUCCCUGACAUCAAGGAUAGACAAUACCUCUUGGGAUUUUACAGAAAUGCAAAGAAGCAAAAAUUAGAUGUACAAAAAUACAAUGAGAUAAAAGACGCCAUUGCUGAGGUACAGCAUGACAUUAGACGCCUGAGAGAUCCUCUUCAGAAACGACUUCCUAUAAAAGAGCUGUAGACUGCCUCACCACCACGACCACUACGUUGAUUAAAUCAUAGACAAAGCAUAUCAUUUCCUUUUAUAUGAUGAGUAAUGUUGAUGUACGAGUUUAGUAGCCAUCACUUCUUAUUUUCCUUGUUUGUCUCCUUGUUUAUUUGUUUGUUAUAUGAACAAAAAAUGUUUAAUAUAAUUUGUACUUCUGACCAAUUGUACAUCUAAAUAGUUUGUAUGCUUUAUUACUGCCCUGAUAAUAGGAAAAUUUUAAACAGCCUCUGAAGCUUCUGAAAGUUUUAAUUGAUAUAGGUAUAUUUAACAGUAUAUACACACUGAUAUCUUGAUGAGACUUUUAUAAAUUAUUUGAUAUUUACAAGUCUUGAUUAAUUUCAGACAAGUAAGGGUAAUGGGGCUGAAGAUGUGUAGCAGUGGUUAUGAAUGUGUUGACAUGUAGAAGAUUUGCUGCAUCCUCUUUUCUGAAAUCUAUUAUUUUGGUCUUCAUCAGCUUCAUCAGCUUCGUCAAUCAGUUCAAAUUCAACAUUUACCAAAUACCUGUAACCAUAAAAAUAUACUACAUUGAAUCAAGGAAAUCUGUUGUCCUAAUGGCUGCCUCCUGGCGGUCGAAACACGUUGAAGACAUCUGAACCACAAAAAAAAAAAAAAAGAUAACUCUUUAAAAAUGUUGAGUAACUAUAUUUUCAAAUAUUCAGUUCAAAUUUAAAAUGCUGUUCAUAAUUACUAAAUUUUGAUUAUCCGUACUUAUCAUGAUGUCUCCUUUGGAGAUCUUUAGAGUUUAAAAGUGGAUAAAUUCACACCAUCUAUGCAUGGUAUAUCUUACUCGGUUACAGUAAGGUAAAAUUUGAAAAUUAAACUGUCUGACUAAAAGCUUGUGAAGUUUGAUUUAUCUUAGAUCUGGUAAAAAAACAUCCAGCAUUCCACUUGUAUGGAAGGCUGUGUAUCUUGUGGAUUUAAAAAAAAAAAAAAAAAAAUGAAACUCAAGUCCUCACAUAUUUUAAGUAUUAUAAACAGAUUGAAAAUAUUGUCACAAUAGGGUCUGUUAAAAAUUCUACCUGAAAUUAUUAUUUUUCAAUGAAGUAGCUGAUUAAAUGUAUAAAAGAAGGUUAUGAAAUAUGUAUGCACUGGCUAUUUCAUAUUUUGUGGCAAACAAUUAUUUUUUUUUUUUUAACUUGGAGAAAAAAAAAUCAAAAACAUGAAAUACCUCAGAUUCUGUUCAUCUUACCACCGCUAACUGACAGCAUCUGUACCUGUGAUAGUGUUAUCUGUUGUAAAAUUUGUUUGCCUUUGACAAUUUUUUUCUUAUUGGAUCUGGCCACAGUUUCAUCAAUAUUCCUUAACUGAAAGAAAAUCGCUAAUUUAAAUUUUCCCAUAGGAAAGCAUAACAGAAUGUAAAGGAAAGUUCUUUAGCAGAGGUUUUUCCCUUUAUUUCAAUAUAUCUUUCCUAUGGCAAAUUUUAAGUAAAUGUAUUUCCUGAUGUUAAGGAAUGUUGAUGAAACUAGGGGCCCAGGUUCCAUUUAUAUAAUAAAUAUUAUUAAUUGAUUGGUGGGGGUGAGCCAACUGAGAUCUGUUUCUGAGGAGUGAGCAGUGAAAUGUGAUCUGGUUUAUCUUUUUGCACUGUUAUUCUUUAAAUUUUGUUACAUUAAAGUUAAGGCAUUUAGAUAUUGUCCAGUCCACAAAAAAAAAGAAGAAAAAAAAAAAAAAAAAAUCAGCAACAAUAUAAUUGAAGAUAUGUUGUGUGCUAAGAUUGCAAGCUGUUUACUUUUACCUACCUAUCUACAGAAGUAAGUACAUGUAGAGUUUUUCAUAUCAUUUCCUAGUUCCGACAAUCCCAAUAUUUUUUUUUUAAUUUGAAAGCAGAUAUUUCAGUGUUUGCUCCCCAAUUUAACUGCCAAAUUAAUGAGGAGUUGGAACUAUUGUUUCUGCUGUACUGAUCUGUGCAUAUAUUAACAUAAAUUAUUUAUAUCAUUAAUAUUGAAUUUGAUGUUUUAUAUAAGGUGGUGGGUACUUACUAAUCAAAUUCCUUUUGAGUUAGACUUGCCUCUGUCAAGUCUGUCAGACCUGGGGUCAAAGGGUCAAGGUCAGCACUACCUUAGAUUUGUUUAAUUCACAAAUCUCUGCAUGUACAAGUCAUUUAUGAUUAUAAUAUACUGUCAGUUUGCUAGAAUAACUUGUCUUUUAUGAGGUCAUUGUAAUCAGUAUAUAAACUCCUAAUGUCACCUAAAAAGGCUGAUGUCUCUGCUUUAUACAGAUAUAAAUAAAGUUGUUUGUAAUGAAACAUGAUAUAUCAUUAUCCUCCAUGUCUCAUCAUAAAGUACAGCAGUUCACGAUUAAUGCAGAUUUCAAUAUCAGUUGCAUAAACUAUCAUGAUGAAAUUACCAUGUCUGGUAGGAUGUAUUACAGGGUAGAAGUUUAAACAAGCUCCUUAUAACCAAAUGAAUUAUAAUUUUUGGUAUCAUAUUUGAAGUCAUAGAUAAUGUUACGAUGAUAAUGAAACAUUGAACAUGAUGCUGACAGCUUAACAUUAUGUAAAGUAGAGAAAAACUCUUGAUUUGAUAUUGACACAAUUCAGUUCUUCAUCACAAAAAGAAACAAAACAGUGUGACUGGACUUCAUAUAUUGCAUCCAGUAUUUGAUACAUUGAGUGUGACUUCGGUAGACAGACAGUGUGCAGCCACCGAAACAUCCAACACUGGUCGUGAUAUACUGAAGUCUACUCACAUCCAUAAUUACCAACCUGAGGAACAUUUUUCAUAAAAUCCGAACCAAGUAUGGACCAGAUGUUGUAUAAGUUGAACACUGAUUUCUGUGACCAAGUGUUUAACAUGGGUACUGUUGGAUUGAGUUUCCUUAGGAAUAAUCAAGUUUGCUGCCAGUUAAUUUUGUACAUCCAGUGAUUUUCCCAAUCAUCCUGUAGUGUUAUAGUCAUCCCUCAAAAUUUACUCUCAACCAAAAAAAAAAAAAACAGGAGUGUUGAGAAUUUCUUUGUAAAUCUGUUUUUAUGACGACUGCUGAGGGUUUAGUUUUCAGUCGGUUAAAAAGAGGUGAUUUUUUUUUUCAAUAUAAACUACACUCAGGGAUUGACUGCAAUACUAUUUAAAAUUUUCAGUUGCGGUAAUUAUCUAAUUAACGAUGAGUGGUGCCAGUAGUUCAGGUCUGUUUGGACUUGGGAUUUACGCAGAAAAUUUUUUUCAGAGUUUUUGAAACCUUAUGUACCUAAAUUCUACUGUUACAUCUGAAAGAUUUCAUUAUAACUAGAGUUUAUUCCAUGACUCUUUUUCUGAGAUUCAGAGAUUUGUACUAAAAACUAGUUUGAUCAUCUGCUUCAGAAGAACCUUUGUCCUUUGGCUUGUAUGUGUAGACUGCUUAAUAUCUUAUUGUCUCUGUGCUUGUGAAAUAUUUCCAUGGUUACCAACUUCACUCCUCUUUCUUUUUAAUCAAUUAAAAAUAAUACCAUUAUUCUAAUUGUCCAUGUAUCCUGGUCUUUGACAUGGGUAAAAUGCCUCCCAUAGAAAGUUUGUAUUGUAGGACAUUUUGGUAGCUUUAAUCAUUGUAUACAAUUUAUAGUAUGUUUAUAUAAUCAGGGCAUUUAUUUAACAGAAAUUGUAGAGAAGAGUCCUGUAGAGUUUGUGACUAGCUGACUUUAGUGAUGUAUGCCUAGCACUGUAACGUAGUGAGCACUUUGUGGGGUUGUGUUUUGUUUCCUCUACAAGCAUUUACUGGCCUGUGUGUGUGUCAACCUUCUCAUCAACCCAAGGCUUCCAAGCUGUUGUUUUGGUAGUUUAGAGCUAGGGUUGUUGGUUUUCGUGAAGAAGUGUGCUUUUUGAGAAAGACUUUAGGUGUCAUAACAUAUGAUCAACUAUAAAAAAAAUAAUUUCUGUGGUAACCACAAAUGUUUCGGAGAUGAGAACUUAACAGUAAUGAAACAAGAAACAAGGAACCGUAGCAGUCUCUAUGGUGACCGUGACAUGAUGAACACGGCUCGAAACCUUCUGUCAGCGGUUGCUAUGGCGAAAGUAAUUAUUUUAAGACAAGUACCACUGUUCUCGUGCUGAGUACCUUUAGAAACCUUGUUCGUAUGUGGUUGCUAUGGUGACAGUAAUUUUUUUAAGGCGAGUACCACUGUUCUCAUGUUGAGCCCCACUUAUAGAAACCUUGUUUGUAUCAAUGGUUACUAUGGUAACAGUAUUUGUUCCUGAUAACAAGUGCCACUGUUCUCAUGAGGAUUUCCACUAGAAACUGAAUGAGAGAUUUAUAUGGUGACAACAACUGUCCAAAUACAGAACCUGCUUUAAUCAAAAGGUGCCAAUGCUAUGAAAAGCAUAUAAUUUAUAGUUACCUACAGAAUUGUUACAUGUUAAAACCACAUAGUUCCGUGUGGUAACUAGUUUCUAGUUGACCUGUUUUUGUGGUUACAAUGUUAUAUCAGUUUAUGGCCCAGAGUGACUAGUGUUAUUGGUUAAGCAAGAUGAAUAUUGACGGUUUCUAUGGUAACUUUUGUGUGUCCAUGGUUACCACACAGGAUUGGAUGUGAGUGUGCUGUAGAAGAAUCCCACGUAGGGUUUUAUUAUUAUAUAUCACCACAGUUUUUCUAACAAUUGUACAAGUUUUCUUUUCCUAUUGUGAUGCCGAGCUGUGAUACACAUUUUCUUCUUUCAGUCUCGUUUUAUUGGUUUCAACCUGAGUCCUCAAACAGUAAGUGACCCUGUGUAUGGUACCCUGUGUAUGGUACCCUGUGUAUGGUUAAGCUAAUAUUAGCAUCACACAAGGAUUUGUUUUCCAAACUUUUCAUUCAAUGUUUCGUAAUAUCUUCUUAGUGCUAAGGGUAAACAUAUAUACCGGUGUACACUGUUCUUGCAUUCUUAGAAUUACUGAAUACAGUAGAAUCUUGAUCACCUUGAUGUUUGUUGGAAAUUGAACACCUGUUACCAUUUGUCAACAAAUGUUUCUCAGAGAUCAAAAGUCUUUAGACUUGUGGGGUUCUAAUGCACAUUAAUAUGAUUGGAAACAGGAUUUCUCACACAUUUUCUGCUUACUAAGAAAUAUGAUAUCUUCGAAAAAUAAAUACAUGAUGAAGAAAAACCUUCCAGUCUAGGAGACUAAUACAGGUGUAGAAUAAGGAAAAAUCUGACUGUUCUGACUUACGGUUAUCUCCCCUUAGUAAAAAAAAUAUAUACAUGUAUAUAUGUAUAAUGAACAAUACAUUAUUCCAUGUUCUGAUCUGUAUUAUAUAAUAUUUUAUGGAGGCAUGGUUCGAAGAUACUGAUAGACUGAAAUGAUACGAAAAAUAAAAAGAAUAAAAGAAUCAAUAAUUUACCAUUCUAAUAAUGGAUGAUAACUCAAAAUAUUUUUACCAUUAAAUUUAGUGAAUUUUCUGUCAGGAACAACAAUUUGACUUACAAAAUGUACAGUGCUUUAUUAUCAAUACAGAUAUUUUCAUAUAUGUUACAGAGUUAAACGAACACAAUCUUGAAUUGUCAGGGAAGCUGAAGAAGGUGGGCUUUUUUCCGAAACAUAUCAACAAUUCGUGUAAAUAUCUGUAUACACUAUAAUCUCCGUAAGACCGUAUCAGAAACAGCUGUGUACCUACUUAAAAAGAUACUGGAUAAUUAAAAACAAAAAUUAUCAACAAAAUAUAUAGGAUUGUGCAAGUUUUCACCAUCUAAUUCAUCAAUCUAUAAUGAUCUUUUUUGUGACAUUAUAUAUCAUAGAUGGCUUCGGUGAUUAUUUAUUGCAUUAUUUAAAUAUAAAUGAUAAUUAAUGGCUAAUUCAACGACAUACAGAUGUAUACAUGUAUAUGUGAACUUCAUGAAAAAUAUUACUAGAAGUCAUUUUUUCCAGUUGAAUACUAAUAGUAGUGUGAAUGUGAACUUUAGCUUUAUCUUAUAUAGGAUGUGUAUGUAUGUACAUGUAUUUGAUUGUAAAAGAAAAAACUAAAAAUAUUUCUGCUAAAAAAAUAAUUUCAAUUUAAUUUUAACAUUUGGUUUCUCAAUGUUGACAAGUUGUUGAAUGUUAUUUUUAAAGAUUUUCCUUUCUUUUCCUGUUUCUUUUUUAUUUUGAACAAGCUGUUUCUUGAUGAAUGAAAUUUUGACAUGUCAUUUUAUCGAAGGUUUUUUCAUCCUUUUGUAAGUGAGUAAAUACAAUGUGUGAACCAGUUUUCUAGGUAUGUACAUCCAGUUACUCUCUACUACACAUACAUUAAAAAGUUUAUUCUCUCAAAUUGA